AUGAGCGGGAGAAUCGUCUCCCAACGCCUAACUCCGCUGUUGCGGAGGGGCUUGUUGGUGCGUCAUGUCAACUUCCCUGGGAGUCGCACAGGGGGCCUUCUUCGGGUGGAUAAUGCUGCCGUCAGAGGUCGGGCAUGGCCUAUCGGUGCCAGCUCUAUUCACAACAAUGUCCCCGCCGUACGAAACAUAUCGUUCGCAAGAAUAUUACCGCGAUUAGCGGUGAAACUGGCGCGUAUUCCGGCAAUGUUUGGAGGAGCAAUGAUUGCGGGAGUGGCUUAUAUUCAAUAUCAGGCGAUGCAGGCUGGAAACUACGCUAUUGACCUCUUCAACCAAGCCAAAGAAACCGCUGGGGGUGCGGCGUCCGAUUUGUUCCAGGGCCUGCAAGAUAUCGCUUCUCAGACGGGCCGUGGCUGGCAGCGGGUCAAGGAAGAGACAGAAAUCCCCGAAUGGAUGCAGAAGAUAUUCCGUCUGGACGAGGAGGCUCAAACGGGAGGAAGCGGUUCUGGAGAAGGAGGAGGAAAUAACUCCCCCAACGACGGCCAAGUUGCGGCUGCCGCAGUAGGAGCGGCAGCGGGAAGCACUUAUGCAUACGACAAUACGGAUGAUGGCGACAUGCAGUCACAGAGAGGAGCAGACAAUGACCAGAUGAUGGUUUUAACUCGGAAAAUGAUCGAGAUUAGGAACAUUUUGACGCAAGUUGGACAGUCAAACACGCUGACAUUACCUUCAAUCGUUGUUAUUGGAUCACAGUCUUCUGGCAAGAGCUCUGUUCUAGAGGCUAUUGUUGGACACGAGUUUUUACCCAAAGGCUCGAAUAUGGUGACUCGUCGCCCGAUAGAGCUGACACUGGUCAACACGCCAAACGCACAGGCAGAGUACGGAGAGUUCCCUGCGCUCGGUUUAGGAAAGAUUACAGAUUUUUCACAAAUUCAACGUACAUUGACCGACCUGAAUCUGGCUGUCUCCGACAAGGAUUGUGUCAGUGACGAUCCUAUUCAGUUACAUAUCUAUUCUCCGCAUGUCCCCGAUCUCUCUAUGAUCGAUUUGCCGGGCUAUAUCCAAGUUGCCGGUAGCGAUCAACCACCAGAAUUAAAACAAAAAAUCUCGGACCUUUGCGACAAGUACAUCCAAGCGCCCAACAUUAUUCUCGCUAUUUCGGCCGCUGACGUCGAUCUGGCCAAUUCCACAGCACUCCGUUCUAGCCGACGGGUUGAUCCGCGCGGUGAACGUACCAUUGGAGUGAUAACGAAGAUGGAUUUGGUCGAGGCUGACCGCGGAGUAAGCAUACUGACAGAUAAAAAGUACCCGCUUCGGCUUGGGUACGUUGGUGUCGUAUCCCGCAUUCCACAAACAUCGACACUGUUCUCUCGCGGAAGUGGCAAUAUCACGAACGCUAUUUUGAAGAAUGAAAAGACGUAUUUUUCUGCUCAUCCGUCCCACUUUGGACCGGGCUCGGAAACCUCAGUGGGUGUUCCAACGCUACGGGAGAAGCUUAUGAACGUCCUUGAACAGACCAUGGCACGAAGUCUCGCUGGCACGAGAGAUGCUAUUACUCAAGAACUCGAAGAGGCUACCUAUGAAUUUAAAGUGCAGUACAAUGACCGGCCGCUUAGUGCAGAGUCGUAUCUGGCGGAAAGCCUAGACAGUUUCAAGCACUCAUUCAAGGCCUUUGCAGAGGACUUUGGCCGUCCUCAGGUGCGAGAGCUACUGAAGCAUGAGCUCGACCAACGCGUGAUGGAUAUUCUCGCGCAACGAUACUGGAACAAACCAGUUGAGGAUCUCUCCGUUGCGCCCUCGGAGCCAGACCCAUUGAAGGAUCUCCCCAAGGCCGAUCUCGAAAAUUUGUAUUGGCAGCGGAAGUUGGAUGCUUCAACGUCAAAUUUGACAAAACUGGGAAUUGGCAGAGUAGCGACUACGGUUGUUGCCAGUGCGCUACAAGAGCAUGUUAAUCAUCUUGUUGCGCAGUCUACAUUUUCGACACACCCAUACGCACAGAACGCGAUUAUGGAAGCCUGCAAUGGCAUUCUGAAUGACCGAUUCUUCAGCACCAGCGACCAAGUGGAGAAUUGCAUUAAACCUUAUAAAUUCGAGAUAGAGGUGGAAGAGCCCGAAUGGGCCAAGGGGCGCGAAAAUGUCCACAAGGUGUUGAAAGAGGAGCUCAGGGCAUGCGAAGCAGCACUGAGACGUGUGGAAGACCAGAUAGGCAGGCGAAAGCUCAAGGAUGUGAUGUCGUUUGUCGACCGAGUUCGGAAGGGCGAUGUUGUAUUAGAUGGCAGCGCUGGAGGUGCUGGGGGGUUCAGUGCGGCACUACUAGAAAAAGGCCGAGAGGGUAUAUUCCUCCGCGACCGAGCGGACAUAAUCAAAAUGCGCAUGCUAGCUGUACGAUCGAAGCAAUGCUCGUCGCUCAAGAACAAAUACUACUGCCCCGAAGUCUUCCUCGACGUGGUAGCUGACAAGCUAACCGCGACGGCCGUCUUAUUUCUGAAUGUCGAACUCCUCUCGGAAUUUUACUACAAUUUCCCCCGCGAACUCGACCAGCGUCUUGGCCGGCACCUCUCAGACUCGGAAGUUGAGCGAUUCGCGCGCGAAGACCCGCGCGUCCGAAAGCACUUGGACGUGAUUAAGAAGAAAGAAACGCUUGAAUUGGCGCUACAAAAGAUUGAGAGUCUGCGUCAGUUAGAGGGGCGGUCGCGACGAGAUUCCGCAAGUCGCGAGAGAGAACGAAACCCGCCAGGUAGAGAGCGGCGCUGGGGGUUGUUUUAG